AUGGCCUCCCUCAUCGCCCGCCGCACCUUCACCACUUCCCUGCGUCGCAUGACCGACCAGGGCAAGCAGCAGAUCACCCAGGACUCCAAGCGCAACCCCGAGACCUUUAGCAGCAAGCUGAUUGAGGCGGAAUUACAGAUUCUCGGCGGUGUCAUGGUCCUCGCCCUCGCUGGCGCCGGCUUCUACUUCGGCAGCUCGCCCACCAAGUCGACCUCCGAGACGCACGUCGUCAAGGCCGGCUCUCCCUGGGAGACCGGCUCCAAGGAGGGUGCCUACCGCUACCACCCCGGCGGCGACACCAGCAACGAGCCCAGGGACGCCCCCAGCGCCGUCAACACUGUCGUCCUGCCCAACGUCACCCUGCCCGCGGAGCUUCACGAGAAGUACAACAAGUGGGGCAAGGAUGGCUACCCUUAA